AUGACAUCAUGGGGGAAUCGGGCUGCCGUUGGAGAUUCACUCGUGUUAUCCGGCCAAGUCGCUAUGCUAGCUCGUGAAAUUGGCAUUUCUACACCUGACGUAGGCCAUGACAACCCCUCCUGGGAAGAAUGGGUCGAGCAAGAGGAGCGCCGUCGAACCCUAUGGGUGGCAUAUGUUCAGUUCAACCUACAGUGCAUAGCAUUCAACGUGCCGCCCAUGAUCUUGAAUCAGGAAGUGCUCUGCGGCGAAGAAUGGAAAGUGAGGAACUCUCAAGAUUGGAUGCGUAUGCGAAGCUUUCAUACCCCAGACUCAAGAAACUUUCAGCAAGUCUUAGGACAACUCCUUCAAGGUCGACAAAUCCACAAGUCGAACGCAAUAUCCGCGUUUGCGAACUAUGUCCUUAUCCACGGCUUGUUUCAAGAGAUAUUUUUUGCUCGAAAUACAGCCUCUUUGGUGGAACCUACUGGGUCUCUCCAAGUGGGCUUCGUGCAGACCAUGGAAUCGGCUUUGCGUGCAUGGCAAAAUUCCUGGGAGGCGACCUAUGAAUCAACCCUAGAUCCCUUGUCCCCCAGAGGGCCCAUGGGUUUCAACGCAACGGCUCUUGUGCGUCUGGCAUACAUUCGCCUCAAUGCCAAUACAGGGCCGUAUCGUCAACUAAGCUCUCGGGAUCCCCAGGGAAUUGCUCAUGAACUCCUUGAUGGCCGGUUUGCCGUCUAUGAACGAUCUCCUUUCCUUGACCGUGCGGUUUUGCAAUGCAUCCACGCGCUGAGUAUUCCGGACAUUGCUCGAUGCAUCGAAACCUCUAGCGCUCAAACACUACGGGACGAUGAGCGCAAGCUUCUCAACAUGGUCUAUCAUAUUUUUAGGGAGGCGGACCUAACAGAGCUUUCGUUCUGGGCGGACGAUAAUGCUGACGCAGUCCGCCACCUGGCAGCUUGCACUGCUAGACUGUGGGCCGAUAUAUUCCAAGGAUUCCAUACAUACGAGGUUUCUCGUGUUGUGGCUGAGGGCCUUGCAAUCAUCGCAGACACUCUCGACGCUCCACUUGAAACUCACAUUUGA